AGUUCUCACUCUUCUCCAUGCUACGCUCUCUUUCUUUCUCUCUCUCUCUAUAUUCUCAUUUCUCUCUCUGCCUGUUUCCUUUCUUUUUUUUGGUGGUCUCCAGUGAUCUGUACCUGUCUCGAGAAAGAGGGAACGAGAAGGAAGAAGAUAUCCGUGGUUGUUGAGACCUAGGGUUUCGAAACGAUCUCAGAUCUGUGAUUUGAAGGUAGGGUGGAGCCUGAAGAUGAGUUUCGAUCCGGUUCCUCCGAGUUCUCAUGGCAACCUCGACGAGCAGAUUGCUCAGCUUAUGCAAUGCAAGCCUUUGUCCGAACAAGAGGUUAGGGGGCUUUGUGAUAAAGCGAAAGAGAUUUUGAUGGGUGAAAGUAAUGUUCAGCCUGUGAAAAGCCCUGUUACAAUUUGUGGGGAUAUCCACGGGCAAUUCCACGACCUUGCGGAGCUUUUCCGAAUUGGGGGAAAGUGUCCGGAUACAAACUAUCUGUUUAUGGGAGAUUAUGUUGAUCGUGGCUACUAUUCAGUGGAAACUGUAACAUUUCUUGUGGCCCUUAAAGUGCGUUACCCUCAACGGAUUACUAUUCUACGUGGAAAUCAUGAGAGCAGACAGAUUACUCAAGUUUAUGGCUUUUACGAUGAAUGCCUGAGGAAAUAUGGUAAUGCCAGUGUCUGGAAGACAUUUACAGAUCUGUUUGACUAUUUUCCUCUUACAGCACUGGUUGAAUCAGAAAUAUUUUGUCUUCAUGGUGGAUUAUCCCCCUCAAUUGAAACUCUUGAUAAUAUACGUAAUUUUGACCGUGUUCAAGAGGUCCCCCAUGAGGGGCCAAUGUGCGACCUUUUAUGGUCUGAUCCUGAUGAUCGCUGCGGUUGGGGUAUCUCACCCAGAGGUGCUGGCUAUACUUUUGGCCAGGACAUAUCCGAGCAGUUCAAUCAUACCAAUAGUCUAAAGCUAAUUGCUAGAGCUCAUCAAUUGGUUAUGGAAGGAUUUAACUGGGCUCAUGAACAAAAGGUGGUUACUAUUUUCAGUGCACCUAAUUAUUGUUAUCGCUGUGGUAACAUGGCAUCCAUCUUGGAAGUUGAUGACUGUAAAGGCCACACUUUUAUUCAGUUUGACCCUGCUCCGAGGAGGGGAGAACCUGACGUAACUCGUAGAACGCCAGAUUACUUCCUAUGAUGUGGGUUGCUGCAAAUGAGCCUGUGGCGGUGCUCUUUUGACAGGUGAGAUCCUAUUCAAGAGCUGUUUUUUUUUUUUCUUUUUCUCAUAUGUAAAAAUGAAGAGUUCCGUCUAUAUGUUCCGCUGGUGGGUGGAGAAUGGUGGACAAAUCGAACCCUCCUUAAUAUGGUUCUUUAUUUCCCAAAAUUUGUAGCCCUAAUGAAGCAUCAGAAGCUGAUAGCAAUUCGUAGUAUAACUGCAUAUGUACCAUUUCCUGUUGAACAAUCCGGUGUGUACAUCUUUUUUAACCUUUUUUUUUUUUUAAUUUCAUUUGUUCUACCAUUUUUAUUUUGUUUCCAAGAUAAUUGUUUUGUAAAAAUGAUAUUCCUCUAAGGUGGGAUUCUUUUAGAUUUGUAGUUUUGA